AUGCCGUCUGGGUUCUGGAUCAAGCAGCCCAGUGAGGCGGUCGAUGUGCCUGGCACAGUCGUAAUGCUGCUGCCGGGCAAUAGGACCAGCAAAAACUCUCCUGAGCAGUCGCCUCCUCCAAACGGCGAGGAUGCGGGUCAGCUGAAGCUUAACAAACAUGGCAUCGUGCUAAAUCCACAACCACACGACAACCCAAACGACCCGCUAAACUGGCCUAUUUGGCGACGGGAUAUUGCAUUGGGUGUAAUUGGCUUCUAUUCGUUCAUCAUCGGUGGCAUGACUCCGGUCCUCGCGCCCGUUAUGACAGAGUUCAAAACAACCUUUCACGAAUCACUCAACACACUCACCUAUCUUGUAGGUGCUUUCAUGAUGGCAAUGGGUGUCAGCUCCUUAUUUUUCGCACCCAGCGCUGUUCUUUAUGGUAAACGAUUUAUUUAUUUGGUAUCACAAGUCAUCUUUUUUGGCUCAUGCCUGUGGGGCGCAAAGGCAAAGUCCUUUGGAAGCUUGUUAGGCGCCCGCAUUCUCAUGGGUAUCGGAAGCGGCCCCGCAGAGUCACUACCCUCGGCGAGUAUUGCUGAGAUUUUCUUUGCUCAUGAAAGAGCGUAUCGAACGGGUAUUUAUACUUUGCUCCUGCUGGGCGGGAAAAACCUCAUCCCGCUGGUUUCAGGGUUUGUUGCGAACUCGCUAGGUUGGCACUGGAUUUUCUGGAUCUUGGCAAUAAUCGCUGGCACGUUUAUGCUGCUCACUUUUCUGUUUGUACACGAAACCUGGUGGGAGAGAAUUGCAGUGCCCAACCAACGGUCCAUCAAGGAAUCAGAAAUGGCCGAACGAGCUAGGCAGCAGAUGCAUCGACCAGCUUGGCAACCCCACCCGGAUUCCUCUGAGCACACACGAGAUUGCGAAACUAUAAAUAAUGAUAUGCCAGCUGCGGCUGGUAAAGACGUCGAGUCAGAAACGGAUAGUCGCACAGUCUUUGAGCGGAAGCCUUUCUUUGCAAAUCUCGCCGUGUACACAGGUCGCAAAUGUGAUUCAUCCUGGUCAAAGGUCUUUCUUAGACCGUUCGCUCUGUACAUCUACCCCCCGAUUCUAUUUUCAACUCUGCUGUACGGCACGUCGGUGGUCUGGCUGUCGGUCAUUGCAGAAACAAUCUCCACUAUUUUCAGCCAAGAACCCUAUAAUUUCCCCGUGACCUCAAUUGGCUUGCUUUACUUGGGAACAUUUAUCGGUGGGUGCCUCGGAUCGGCGGUAGCUGGCCUAAUUAGCGACCGAAUCGUCCGGUAUAUGUCCUCCCAUAAUUGCGGUAUCUACGAACCCGAAUUCAGACUUAUUAUGGUCGGUCCUGUGCUGAUUUCUGUCACAAUUGGCUUAAUGGGCUUUGGCUGGUCCACCUUCGACAAGGAUCUCUGGAUCGUCCCCACAAUCUUUCUUGGCAUUCUAGGAUUCGGUACCUCCCUAGGGUCCACUGUGGCCAUCACCUACGCGGUCGACUCUUAUCGUAUUUAUGCUGCCGAAGCACUGGUAUCUUUGAACUUUGCCAAAAACGCAAUGGGCUUCGGCUUUGCCAUCUUCGUGCCCAUCUUUUUCCACAAGUCCGGAGGACGCACCUCUUACAUCGUCUACGGAUCUGUGGAAAUCGGUGUUUGCUUGUUGGCAAUCCCCUUAUACCGCUACGGCAAACUUUGGCGGAAGUAUAUGCACGAGCAUGAUAUUGUCAAAAAGCUGUACUAA